AGAUAUGUCUUCUUCAUGAAUCCUCAGAAAGUAAAGCCUCCUGAAGAUCUCCAGGAUCUGGGUGUGAGAUUUCUUCAGCCAUUUGUGAAUUUACUGUCAAAAGCAACAUACUGGUGGAUGAACACACUUAUCAUAUCCGCUCACAAGAAGCCUAUUGAUCUGAAGGCAAUUGGAAAAUUGCCCAUAGCCAUGAGGGCAGUAACCAAUUAUGUCUGCCUGAAGGAUGCUUACGAAGAGCAAAAGAAGAAAGUAGCAGAUCGUCCGAAUCGGACCCCGUCCAUAUGGCUGGCCAUGUACAGAGCUUUUGGGCGACCGAUUCUACUGAGCAGCACAUUCCGAUACCUGGCUGACUUACUGGGUUUUGCUGGCCCUCUCUGUAUUUCUGGGAUAGUCCAGCGUGUGAAUGAAACCAAGAAUGGGACAAAUAAUGCAAAUGGAAAAACGAAUGAGAUUCUGAAAGGCAUCAAGCUCCUGAAGCUGUAUGCCUGGGAGAACAUUUUCUGCAGAAGUGUGGAAGAGACCAGGAUGAAGGAGCUGUCCAGCCUCAAAACCUUUGCGCUCUAUACGUCACUCUCCAUCUUCAUGAAUGCAGCAAUCCCCAUAGCGGCUGUUCUCGCUACAUUUGUGACACAUGCGUAUGCCAGUGGGAACAAUCUGAAGCCUGCUGAGGCCUUUGCUUCUCUGUCUCUCUUCCACAUCCUUGUCACACCUCUGUUCUUGCUGUCCACAGUGGUCCGAUUCGCAGUCAAAGCCAUCAUAAGUGUUCAGAAGCUGAAUGAGUUUCUCCUGAGUGAUGAGAUUGGCGAUGACAGCUGGAGGACGGGGGAGGGUGCAUUGACUUUGGAGUCCUGUAAGAAGCACAUUGGGGCGCAGUCAAAACCAAUAAACAGGAAGCAGCCUGGGAGAUACCACCUGGACAGCUUUGAGCAAUGCCGACGUCUUCGCCCUACAGAGACAGAGGAUAUUGCAAUAAAGGUGACAGAUGGGUACUUUUCAUGGGGCAGUGGCUUAGCUACAUUAUCCAAUAUAGACAUUCGAAUUCCAACAGGCCAGUUAACCAUGAUCGUGGGCCAAGUGGGAUGUGGGAAAUCCUCCCUUCUCCUUGCCAUCCUCGGAGAGAUGCAGACCCUGGAAGGCAAAGUUCACUGGAGCAAUGUAAAUGAAUCUGAGCCUUCCUUUGAAGCAACCAGAAGCAGGAACAGGUACUCUGUGGCUUAUGCAGCUCAAAAGCCUUGGCUACUAAAUGCUACAGUCGAGGAAAAUAUUACUUUUGGAAGUCCUUUCAACAGACAGAGGUACAAAGCUGUCACCGAUGCCUGCUCUCUUCAGCCAGACAUUGAUUUAUUACCGUUUGGAGACCAAACCGAAAUUGGAGAGAGGGGCAUCAACCUGAGUGGGGGGCAGAGGCAGAGAAUCUGUGUGGCUCGUGCUCUUUACCAAAACACCAACAUAGUCUUCUUGGAUGACCCUUUCUCAGCCCUGGAUAUCCACUUAAGUGAUCACUUAAUGCAGGAGGGAAUUCUAAAAUUUCUCAAAGAAGAUAAGAGAACACUUGUUCUUGUGACUCACAAAUUGCAGUAUCUGACCCAUGCUGACUGGAUCAUAGCCAUGAAAGAUGGAAGUGUGUUAAGAGAAGGGACUUUGAAGGACAUUCAAACCAAAGAUGUUGAGCUUUAUGAGCACUGGAAAACUCUUAUGAAUCGACAGGACCAAGAAUUAGAAAAGGACAUGGAAGCUGACCAAACAACUUUAGAGAGGAAAACUCUCCGAAGAGCCAUGUAUUCAAGAGAAGCCAAAGCUCAGAUGGAAGAUGAAGAUGAAGAGGAAGAAGAGGAGGAAGAUGAUGAUGACAACAUGUCAACUGUGAUGAGGCUGAGGACCAAGAUGCCCUGGAAAACCUGCUGGUGGUAUCUCACAUCUGGGGGGUUCUUCCUGCUCUUCCUGAUGAUCUUCUCCAAGCUUUUAAAGCACUCAGUGAUUGUGGCUAUAGACUACUGGCUGGCUACGUGGACAUCAGAGUACAAUAUAAACAACACUGGAAAAGCUGACCAGACUUUCUAUGUGGCCGGGUUUAGCAUCCUCUGUGGAGCUGGAAUUUUCCUUUGCCUGGUCACGUCUCUGACUGUAGAAUGGAUGGGUCUCACAGCUGCCAAGAAUCUCCACCAUAAUCUUCUCAAUAAGAUAAUUCUUGGGCCAAUAAGGUUCUUUGAUACCACACCCCUGGGAUUGAUUCUCAACCGCUUUUCCGCUGAUACUAAUAUCAUCGACCAGCACAUCCCUCCAACCUUGGAAUCCUUGACACGCUCCACCCUGCUGUGCCUGUCUGCCAUUGGCAUGAUCUCCUAUGCCACACCCGUGUUCCUCGUUGCUCUCGUGCCCCUGGGAGUCGCCUUCUACUUUAUCCAGAAAUACUUCCGAGUUGCCUCUAAGGACCUCCAAGAACUUGAUGACAGCACCCAACUCCCUCUGCUUUGCCACUUUUCAGAAACAGCUGAAGGACUCACCACCAUCCGGGCCUUUAGGCAUGAAACCAGAUUCAAGCAACGUAUGCUGGAGCUCACAGACACGAACAACAUUGCUUACUUGUUCCUCUCUGCUGCCAAUAGAUGGCUGGAGGUCAGGACGGACUACUUAGGUGCCUGCAUUGUCCUCACAGCAUCUAUCACAUCCAUUAGUGGAUCUUCCAAUUCGGGUCUGGUGGGCCUGGGUCUCCUGUAUGCCCUUACGAUAACCAAUUAUUUGAAUUGGGUUGUAAGGAACUUGGCUGACCUGGAGGUCCAGAUGGGUGCAGUGAAGAAAGUGAACAGUUUCUUGACCAUGGAGUCGGAGAAUUAUGAAGGCACUAUGGAUCCCUCUCAAGUCCCAGAGCACUGGCCACAGGAAGGGGAGAUUAAGAUCCAUGAUCUGUGUGUCAGAUACGAAAAUAACCUGAAGCCUGUUCUGAAACACGUCAAGGCUUACAUCAAACCUGGGCAGAAGGUGGGCAUCUGCGGGCGCACCGGCAGUGGAAAGUCAUCCCUGUCUCUGGCUUUCUUCAGGAUGGUUGACAUAUUUGAUGGCAAGAUUGUCAUCGAUGGGAUAGACAUUUCCAAACUCCCCCUGCACACGCUACGUUCAAGGCUGUCCAUCAUUCUACAGGAUCCGAUCCUUUUCAGUGGCUCUAUCAGAUUCAACUUAGAUCCAGAGUGCAAGUGCACAGACGACCGACUCUGGGAGGCUCUAGAAAUCGCCCAGCUGAAGAAUAUGGUCAAGUCCCUUCCAGGAGGUCUGGACGCAGUUGUCACUGAAGGUGGGGAGAAUUUCAGCGUUGGACAGAGGCAGCUGUUCUGCCUGGCUAGGGCCUUUGUACGGAAGAGCAGCAUUCUCAUUAUGGACGAGGCCACGGCCUCCAUUGACAUGGCCACGGAAAACAUUUUGCAGAAAGUAGUAAUGACCGCGUUUGCAGACCGCACCGUUGUAACCAUAGCACACCGGGUUCACACCAUCCUGACGGCUGACCUGGUCAUUGUGAUGAAGCGAGGGAACAUUUUGGAAUAUGACACUCCGGAAAGCCUCUUGGCCCAGGAAGAUGGAGUCUUUGCCUCCUUCGUUCGUGCAGACAUGUGAAAGGAUGGCUAUCAGUGGCACACAUACUCAGAGGAACACAAUCCCCACAUACCUACGAGAUCUUCGGCUUAACCUUUGUAGGAUGGCACCUUAUGCUUUUACAGAGUUUUGUACCAGAAGUUGACAUUUCCGUUUCUUAGUUUUGUGUAACAGGUUUCUAGGAUAUCACUUCUUAGUAGAUUCAUCACGGGUGUAUUCCUAAUGAUCAAGCCACUGUGGAAUAUGUAUUAAGACUGUAAGCUACAGUAAGAAGUAAAUUGGUUUGUGUUAAGUGUGGUAAACAUCUCUCAAGCAGACAAUUUGAAAUGAGUCAUGAGCACUACCAUGUUCUUUAUUGAUUAGAGAAUUUCAUACAAUGUAUUUUGAUUAUAGUCAGAGCCUUCCCCCUUCACCCCCACUACCCCUACUUCAUCUUCUCUUUUAGUAUUUAUCUUUUUUUAAGGCCUAUUGAGUCUGCGUUUCCCAAGUUCUCUUAGGUGUGGAUCUAUCUCUUGUAGUCUGGUCAGCCAACCAGAUGUCUCACCAGUAAGAAAAACUUAACUCUCCUUUGAGUCUACUGCUGAUGGAUGCUCAGACAGAGCUGGGGCUUCCUGCCCACCUCCCUCAUCCAUGCUGGGCCCCUGUCUGCAUGGGGUUACACAGUUCUUAUGCAUACUGUCAUAAGUUCUGUGGGUUCGUGUCUUGGGAAAAUGUGCCCACUGGUGUGACAUUGGCAUGAAUGUUAUGGGAGUAACCAACCACCUUCUAAUUGGAUGUAAGCCCACUUCGCAAUAGGCAGUCCAUACCUGACACUGUUCUCAGGUCUAAGAACCUGUGACUAGAUAGGUCACAGGCCAGUGGGGAGAGUCUAGUACAAUCAUUCUGCUAAAUAGACAUAAUAUUAAACUGAUUCAUGAUAACUUCUUAUACCCAUAAAUUAGUGCAGCUCUCCGCUCACCAGAGAAGAGUUUUCUUAUAAGUGAUUGUGAUUAACACAGAGACCCACAAAUAGUCCAUGUGCAGAGA